CAGUUAUCGUCGGAGCAAAAUCCCCAGAAAUACACAAAACACAAAGAGGGUCUGGUAUGACGAGAAAAUUCUCCAUUUCAUAUUUUCAUAUACAUAUUUUUUUGGGUUGUUUCGUAGAUCUCUCUCAUAUUCUUCCAUCUUGUUCCCUCCCUAAAUAAACAAAGCACAAACCCUAGUUUCUGACCAUGUAACAAAGUUCAGAUUUUUUCCUUAAAAUUUCUGAGCUGAUGUGGUGAGUAAUUUGCUUCUGGGUCUUGAUCAUAUUUGGUUUCCGUUAAUGGGUUUUUGUUUUCUCGGAAAUUGUGUGAGUCACGAUCUCGAAUUUGAUUGGUUCCUUCUCUUAUAAAGUUUACUGCUUUUGGGCUUCAAACACAACUAAAAGAAAGCUAAAUCUUUUCAAAGUUUUGAUCUUUGUUGAAUUCAAUAACGGCAAUGAACUUCAUUUCUGCUUUUAUCUCUCUUUUUUUUCAUCCUCCAUUGAACAUCAGAAAGUUUCUCUUUUCAAAAGUUUUGAUCACCUGAGCACCCUUUUAAGUAUGGUUAUUGGGUGACCGACCAGAUAUCAUUUGCACGAGCGAGCCUCAAUGUCAGACGCUCCAGAUGUUGAUGACCGUGUGGAUUACGAGGAUGGUAGCUCCAGUGAGAUGGAGGAGGAACAUGUAGAAGAGUAUGAAGGAGAAGACAAUGAUGAUGACAAUCAAAAUGCCGAAGAGCAUGAUGUGGAAGAAGACAACAAUAUUGAUAUUGAUAUUGAGACAGCAGAAGAUGAAGAAGAAGAAGAAAGGGAAGAGUAUUCCCAUCUUCUUUCACUUCCUCCUCACGGUUCUGAAGUUUUCAUUGGCGGUCUCCCUAGGGAUGUUGGAGAAGAAGACCUAAGGGAUCUAUGUGAACCAAUUGGCGAUAUCUUUGAGGUGAGAUUGAUGAAAGAUAGAGACUCUGGUGAGAGCAAAGGGUAUGCUUUUGUAGGUUUCAAAACCAAAGACGUUGCACAAAAGGCAAUUGAGGAGUUGCACAGUAAACAGUUUAAGGGAAAAACCAUAAGAUGCUCCCUUUCUGAAACCAAGAAUAGACUAUUUAUUGGUAACAUCCCAAAGGACUGGACUGAGGAUGAGUUUAGGAAAGUCAUAGAGGAUGUUGGUCCUGGAGUGGAGAGCAUCGAGCUCAUAAAAGAUCCAACAAACUCUACUCGUAACCGUGGUUUUGCAUUUGUUCUAUACUAUAACAAUGCAUGUGCUGAUUAUUCAAGGCAGAAAAUGAUAGAUUCUAGUUUUAAGCUUGAGGGCAACGCUCCAACUGUGACUUGGGCUGACCCAAAAAGCUCUCCUGAGACUUCAGCUGCUGCUGCCCAGGUGAAAGCUCUGUAUGUGAAGAAUAUUCCAGAGAAUACAUCAACAGAGCAACUGAAGGAACUCUUUCAGAGACAUGGAGAAGUUACUAAAGUCGUCACACCUCCUGGAAAAGGUGGUAAACGUGAUUUUGGGUUUGUACACUAUGCUGAAAGGUCUAGUGCAUUGAAGGCUGUCAAAGACUCCGAGAGAUAUGAAAUCAACGGUCAAGAGUUAGAAGUUGUGCUUGCUAAACCCCAGUCUGAGAGGAAACAUGAGCCUUCUUAUGCUUAUGGUGCUGCUGCACCUACUCCUGCUCCCUUUGCGCUUCCUACGUUUGGUGGUUUUGCUGCGCCUCCUUAUGGUGCUAUGGGUAUUGCCGGUAGUUUUGCUCAGCCAAUGAUCUAUGGUAGAGGAGCAAUGCCAACCGGGAUGCAAAUGGUUCCAAUGCUUCUUCCUGAUGGCCGAGUUGGCUAUGUUCUGCAACAGCCUGGAAUGCAGAUGGCACCACCCGCACGACCCAGAAGAGAUGACCGGAAUAACAACGGAGGGUCAGGGAGAGAGAACAGGCAUGAUGAUCAUGAUGGCAACCGAGGAGGCAGAAGGUACCGUCCCUACUAGCAGCAGCCCAAAGCUAUAAUAGAGCAACAAGAAGCAAGUAGACAAAGGAAAGAAAGCUGUACUGGAAUUUGUUUGUAGUUUGAGAACUUUAUGUAAGAAAAAGCUCUCUCUCUAAUGUGAAAUCGAACCUUACGGUUUCUUCUUGUUUGGUAAGAAGAUUGAUGAAGGGUUUAGGGUUGAGUGA